UAUUGUAUAUGAUAACAUUUGAUAUUAAUACAUUAACUAGACGUUGAGUGUGAGACUAUUUCAAUGUAGCUGCAAAUACAAUAGUAAUAUGUACAUAUAUGUACUAUAAUUCACAACGUGUUUAACCGAAUACAUGUGUGUAGUGAUAAUACGAAUAAUAUGAAUAUUAUUUUAGAUAUGUUGACAUGUGUGAACAUUGCAUACACUUGCAAUUAUAAGCUCAAUUGUUAAUACUUACGAGACCGAAAGUUCCUAUAUUAUUGUACGGAAUUAUUGAAAGGAAAAUAUGGCCUUGCGUUGUUUUAAAGAUGGCCUGUGCAAUGUAUCAGGGUGUAAAAGAAGUGAAUGUUUAACGCAUGAGGAUGAUGUUCCUAAGUAUGAGGCCAUGAACAAUUCACAGAAUGCAAUAACAAACCAACCAAGUGUGCAACAACAUCAUAUCAUCACUAAAAAAGCAGGCCAGACAAUGUCACAGGACAAUGGAGCAUUCGAAGACGCCAACGACCAAAAUUCAAACACACAACUCGCUGCACGAUUUGGUAAAGUCGUCAAUGGGCCAUGGUGUAAGCUUUGUCAUCAUCUGAAGGAAACGCAGGAAACGAAGGAGUUUGAGCUUAUGAAAGAUUUGUCUGGAAUCAUGAAGACCAUUUCACACAGAUGUGCGGAGAAAGCUAAGGCAGUUGUUCCGAUUUUCUCUGUGGUUGACGAGAAGGACCACAGAAAAAGGGGUGACACCAUAACCAUCGAAGCCGUCGUUAAGGAAGUCUCUGCUCACGUUUGGAAAAUUGACCACGUGCAAACAAUACUUAAGGAAAACAACAGCGAUAAAACCGAAAAUCUGAUACGCAGUUUUAUUGAGGAUACUAUAAAGGUGUGCUGGGAGAUGUCAAUCUCUCAGCCUCCUUUGAUGUUAAAUUUUGAAGUUGAAGGCAAAAUGUAUACAGACAUUAUCAAACACACGUUUACUAAAUUCUCGACCAUAAAGGAGAUAGAAUCGAACAAAACUUCUGGUACCAUAAUUCUGGUUGUCAUGCCAUCAGUAGUAAAUCUGUCUACAGAUGGAUGCUUGAAGAAAGGAGAAGUAAUAGUUGUACCGUGAGUGAGUGAGAAACUUUACAUGUACAUCUUGAUGAAUGAGGACGGGAGCUCUAAAUAUAUUUAUUUUAAAAAGUGUCAUUACUAUGUCGUUUUGCUCUUGUAUUUUUGUAAUAGUUGAAACUAAUUAAAUGUAUGGGAUUGUGUUUUGUCUAUCUAUCUAUCUAUCUAUCUAUCUAUCUAUCUAUCUAUCUAUCUAUCUAUCUAUCUAUCUAUCUAUCUAUCUAUCUAUCUAUCUAUCUAUCUAUCUAUCUAUCUAUCUAUCUAUCUAUCUAUCUAUCUAUCUAUCUAUCUAUCUAUCUAUCUAUCUAUAUAUCUUUCUAUCUUUCUAUCUAUCUAUCUAUCUAUCUAUCUAUCUAUCUAUCUCUCUAUCUAUCUAUCUAUCUAUCUAUCUAUCUAUCUAUCUAUCUAUCUAUCUAUCUAUAUAUCUAUCUAUCUUUAUAUCUAUCUAUCUAUCUAUCUAUCUAUCUAUCUAUCUAUCUAUCUAUCUAUCUAUAUAUCUAUCUAUAUAUCUAUCUAUAUAUCUAUCUAUCUAUAUUACCAAAUGGAGACCCUCAUAUCAGCAUACACUCCUCUUAUAUUUUGCUCGGCUGAACUAGAAUAGUUAAAUAACACGAUAUUCAACAAGCACUUUUUAGCAAAUAUUAUAUGGUUAUCAUAUUGCAGAAGUGUGUUACUAUACAAAUAUUACCUUUCACGAUACAUUUGAUAUACAUUAAAGCAUGUAUAACAUAAACAACGGCACAAUGAUGCCCAGAUCAGAAGGUCUUGAAUUAUUAAAUCUUUAAAUUGUACUUAUGUAACAUAACGUACAGUCGAUCUAUUGUUUAAACCGGUUUUAUCUUAAGUGAUUGGGUUGAGUCUAGACUCUAGUCUACAUUAUAGUAGCAACAAUCGGGUACCCAAUCAGGUUAGAUAAGCAGCUAAAGCAAAAGCUGCUAUGUCACCGAUGGUGAGAUAUAUAAAGUCAGUUAUCUUGAUUUUUGUGAUAAUUUAAGGUUAUACAUGAUUGCAAUUGAUAUUGUAAUUGAAUAUGAUUGGUACAACAUUCUUUAUAUCAAUAGAAAUAAACAAACAUGAUAACACCAA